CAUGAAGUUUGUUGAGCCGUAUAAUAUGCCCAUUCUGUUUCACAAGCAUUGAGCAAGCUGGCUGUCCAAUAAAGCCUAUAAGCCGGCGAGUUGCUAAGUCGACAAGGUCGCAUGCGCCUACCUGGGGCUGUUUAGUUUACGCAUAUGGGUUCCGGUUGCUCCACAUCGGUGGUAAAUGAGUCGGAGCAGUCGGAAACACCUCCGAGGCCGGUUUAUCAGGCUUGCGACCUCGUGGGCCUCGCAGUAUUUGAAAAGGUUCAGUUAAGCAGCAUUGACGGUUUCUUUGAGCAAGCAGCCCAGUUUUCACAAGGGCUUUGCGAACUCAAUGAUGCUGUAAACGGUCUCCUGCUCGAUGUCCGGCUUGCCACUGGCCUUUUGCAAGGAGGCAUUAGCACAGCGCUUAUACCUUCGCCUAAUGUCGACAUCUUUAGCGUGGAAUUACUGACAUCCGAUGGGCGUCCACUUGAUGUUGCUGAAGCAGCUCGGCUGCGGGGUCGCGAUUUGGCUGCCCAUGGGAACCUAGCAGCUUGCGACAAGCAGCUGGCAAGAUGCGUGGAGGAACUCUCCGACUUCUUUGUCAAGAACGUGGGCAGCAAACCGCCCGCUUUAUCUCUCAGCGCGCAAGGAACGCUCGUGCCGCGAAGCUCGGGCGAGAAGCUCCAUCCGGCCGUUGAAGCCUUCAACCAAGCCAUGCUGGACAUGCGAACAGCCCUCGGUUCCGAUUACCUGUUAGCCCUCCACCUCCAUAAGGCCCAGGCCCACGGCGCUCCGUCCUUCCGCGUCCGGCUCCUGAAGCCCACCUCCUCUCCACCCCCCCAGUCUCCCCAGCAGUCUCCACCACCGCCCACCUUCCAAUCAGCUCCAGCUGCACUGCCCACCACUACCACCACCUCACAACCCAGACCUCUCCCCAUAGCCGGAACGCUCCCCGCUUCCUUCACCAGCACCAGCACCACCACCACCACCACCGCUGCUGCUGCUGCCGCCGGCCCCUCCCCACUGCCCCCGCCUGCUGUCUUCUGGGAGCCGGUGACGUUGCUUGAUCAGGCCUCCUGCCCCAACGCCUCCCAGCUCCAUGACGCCCUGCAUGCAUUCCAUGAUGCAAAUGGACGCCUAGCGGCGGCGAUGCGGGCAGCAGGUCUCACGGGCUGGGAUGCCCUGAUGCUGGCAUCCCCGCGCUUCGUGCGCCUAGCAGGAGGAGCUACCCCCACCGCCAGCACGGCUCCUACAACCAGCUCCACCGCCGCCACCGCCGCCUCCGCCGCCGUCGCUCUCUCUUCCUCAGCCUCCCCUCACGGCCACAACCGCCACCAUCGCCACCACAACCACCACCACAACCACCGCAACCCCACCACCACAACCACCACCUCUGCUGCUGCCGCCGCUGCCGCUGCGCAUUCCGCCGCCGCCGCCGCUGCCGCCGUUCCAUCCAACAAGCCCACCGCACCCACCCCUUCCUCCUACCCCCACACCACCACCACCACCAGCUCCACGGCGGCGGCGGCUGCGGCUGUACGGUCGCUGCCGUCAGCGACACGUGUGCGGCUGUCGUACGCGGUCGCAGCCCUGAACUCCGCGUUGCACCGUCUUGCCUCCGCCGCCGCCGGUGCUGCGGGUCCUGCCAGCUUCGCUGCGUUGCUGACGCACGUGCUGGGCGAGCUGCGGGAGCGGGUGGCGGGGGCGGCAGGGGAGCGGGCGCUGGAGAGUUACCGGCCUUCCAUACACUUCACACGUGGUGGCACCGUCGCCGCCGUCGGCCCCAACGGUACGGCAACUUCCAACGGUCCCAACGGUCAGCCCCCCCUGCACCCUCUGACUGUCAGCCUCACCCUGGAUGCACGCCUGGGGGAGCUGGUCAGGAUCGCCCCUGGAGCCGCGGGGCAGGGCGGCCUGGGGCUGGGAACAGCAGCUGCAGCGGCAAGAGGAAGUGGAAGGCAGCAGCAACAGCAGCAGUCGCUGCCCCCCUUCCCCGACUGCCUAAGUCCGCCGAUCCGCCACGCCUGGCUGCUGCUGCAGGAGCUGCUGCGGCUGCACAACGCGACGGUGGGGCAGCUGGGCCCGCUGAGGCAGCUGGCGGAGGACUUCCAGGAGGGCGCACGGCUGCGUCUGGCCUCUGUGGCGGGUGACGCGGCCGCCAGCCGCCUGCCCCCACACCGGUCGGUGGCGGUGCGAGCCGCGGUGGCUAGGAAUCUGGAGGAGCUGGGGGCAUGCUGCCAAGGCGCGCUGCGCACCCUGACCGCCACUGCGGGGGUGCUGGCGGGGGAGCUGGCGGAGGCGGCGCAGCUGGCCUCGGUGCAAUGCGCGUUUAUGAGCCCGCUCGCCUGGUCGGUAAGCGUAGCGUCAUCUCUGGAAGGGCUGACGGCGGCGGCGACGGCGGCGGCGGCAACCGGCUCCUCCUCCGCCUCCGCUGGCGGCGGCUCCUCUUUGCCGUCGCUGUACGACACAAUGCACAGCAUGCUGGCCGCCUCCGCUGGCGGCGGCGGCAGCUCACCAGGAAGCAGUGCAGCGAAUACCUUCUUCGGCAGCGGCAACGGCGGCAACGGCGGCAACAAGGACUGCGACGAUGGCGACGGUAAUGACAACACGGAGGAGGAGGUUGAGUUGACUCCGUUGCUGCCGCACUAUCCGACGGGGACAGGUGACGGCGGCGUCCCAUGUACGGCAACGGCCACCUCCGUCGGCUCCCCCGCCACCAGCGGCAGCGGCAGCGACCGCUACCCGGCGCCCAGCUCGCCGCCGGAUGUCGUACUGCGACCGGACCAGCAACAGCAGCACCAACGGGCACCGCAGCUGCCGCUGCUGCCGCAGUUUGUACCGGUAACGUCAUCGUACUCGCCACAGCCUGCCGGCACAACUCCUCCGCCCCGCCGAAUGCUGUCUACCAAGGCCCCGGAUACCGGGAAGCCCUCCGGCACCGGCGGCGGAGGAGGAGGAGGCGACGCCACCGCUAAAGGCUCCUCGCGCACCCCACAGCGCUCUUACACCAUAGGGGGGGCUUCAACGGGGCGUGAAACCGGGUCUGCGGGAUCCUCUGGCGGCGGUUGGAUGCCGCUCAACGGCGGCGGCGGCGCCACUGCCCGCGAGGGUAGUAGCGCUGAGUUGGCGCCGUUGACGGCAACGGCGACGCGUGUUAAGGUCCUUAGCGGCGGCGGCGGCGGCGAGGGUCGUACGGAUCGGCGGCAAGGGACGGUGGCGAGUGAGCCACGAGCGGGGGAGAGCUUGGCGGAGGAGUACGCCCGAACAGCCCUAGCGCACCUCAAUCUGCAGCCAGUGUGGUAAUAAGGGGCAAUCACCAGGUGGGCAUAGCCUGGUUAGGCAACAUUAAGCUGCUUGGAGCAUUACUUGCUUUCGGGAAUGGCAUGGGAAGCAUUGUGAUGCCUAAGACUGCAGGCUUACCGAGCAUAUGUGGAUGCGAGGGAUGAAGCCGGGGUGGUAUGACAGUUGACUGCAUGCAAGGAAGCAAGAACGAGCUUGUAUCGUUGUAUGUAUAGCACCUGGCUUUGUAGCUAACGAGUUAGCUGUGGUGGCGUGCAGCGGCUGUGCAGCAAUACUCAUAUCAUUUGGCGGUAAAAUUUGGCGGUGUUGGGGACAUCGCGCAACGGGGUCUUCGGCACAUCGGGUUCCUUGUAGUAAUGCAGCAUUGCACGAGACAGGAAGUGUGUACUUAUACUGACUCAACUCCUUGGGAUAGUUGCAGAAUGCGAGUUGGUGUACGCUGCACGACCUUGCUGUCCAUCCUCGUUUCUGGGGUUUUCCGACAGGUUUUGUGGUUUCGGUUUUUUGGACGACACAGGGCAUGCUUGAUGACUGUGGCAGGCGGACGCGAGCAGCCCAUGUAUGUGUGUGACAUGUACGGCUCGCGUCAGUAGUGUCAUUAUUGAAUACAUGCAAUUGCUGUUGUAUUGAUGUUUCUACAUGCAAGGACUGCUCUUUCGUCAUGCACACGCAAGGGUAUAAAGCAUGACGCCCGAAAGUCUCUUACACUUCUGGGCCGACGAAGGCGGGAAUGAAACGUAUAUAGCAAUUGUUGAGGGUACUCGUCGUGACUCCUGGCAUGGGGGGAAGUCUUCAAUACAUGUCAUGGAAACCGCUUUGUUAGAGUUUGGUUUGUUCUGUUCACCUCCCUCGGUUCUUGCUACUGCAUGGCUGGGUUGCGUUUACAUGUCUUCAUGGAAUAUACGGGAUGGUUAGUGCUUGGGGACACGCGGCUUGGACGUUUCCAUCAGCGUCCUUGGCUGGGCUUGAGUGUAUGCGGUGUACAAGACGGUGGUAAACGGCAAUUUUGUCCCGUGCGUUCAUCGCACCCUCGCUGUGCAUGAAAUGUGGCUUAAUUUAGCAAUAUGGCAUGGCCGCCUGCAGAAGGGCCGUGGCCGCUGCAGCCAGGUGUACGUCCUGUGGGUUGGCUGUUCGUGGCAUUUUCUGUAUCCAGUGUCCGCACGGAAACGUGUAACCGGUAGACGUGCUGGAGAAGGAAGAAAAGACUGCGAGGGUGGCGCCGAGGUGUGGGGGGAGGCAGAGGGAUGAGGGGAAGGCAAGCUGCAUCCGAACAAUAGCGUGCGCCCUGGUACCAUGAACUUGCUUAGCGGGACCUCGAGCAUAUACAUUGUACUGUGUGAGGCGGAAUGCUAUGUAGCCCAAGCUCGACAGGAUUGUACGAAUGUGCUGUUGUUGGUGGUGGCAGGUAGGAGGUUGCUUGUGUGUUGUUGUUGGUGGCUUGCUGCUCUCGACCUAUAUGCUGUUCAUUAGCGGUUAUGGCUUGGAUACGAUACUGUAUACCCGCAAUGGCAGAGGACACUUAUUGACUUUUGCUGUGUGGGCCCGUGUGGUUUGUCGCGCCAACCCCAGGCCAACGCCUGCCUAUCAUCAUCGUCUAGCCAGAAGCUGGUCGCAUGCAAUAUAUGAUAUGGGCUUGAAGGAGGAAACGAGCUGCGAUUGGAUCCGAAACCAUGCGGCGUCUCGUGGCUUGCUUGUUCUGGUGGUCACAAUGGUUUGGCUAGUCCCAAGAGUUAUUGUCAUUGAGCCUUAAAAGCUAGGGUCAUGAUUUGUACACGAUGUAAGCUGCUAGUUCAGACGGCACCUGUAAUAAAAUAGCCCUCA